AUGAUGCGUCGAGCACGAGUGUUUCUUUGGCCGCUGCUUCUGGUUGUGACCUUCUGUGCGCGGGAUCUUCGCUUCGUCCCUGUCCCAGCUGCGUGCCGCUCUAGACGGAGCUUCUCACGCAUUGCUGCCCGAGCAGAGGCCUUCACAGCAGGUGAUUUGGCGCUGGGCGGCUUGUUUCUAGGCUUCUGUGGAGCAUACCUACCACAGGCGCUCGGCCUGAAUGGCCGCGCCUGGCAGGCAGGCAACAUUCGGUACUUUACCAAUCGGGGCACUGCCGCCUUUUCAGAAGCCGCGCGCACGCUGGCUGAGAAGCAUCCCGGCUUCCAGGAGGACGUCGUGUUCACCUAUUUCGACACCUUCCAGGGCGAGCUGCCGUACAUGGGCCGACCUGCGCGCCUGGUGCAGCUCAUUUCGCGGGAGGUGACGGAUGUCUAUGACCACAAGCGCGGACUGGAGGAGCGGCUUCGGGAGUACAACUGCGCGAGCGGCCCCUUUGCAGAGACCUACUUCUCCAAGGAGGAGGCCCUCGCGGCCUCGGAAGGCGAAGAAGCGGUGCUGUUCUUCGCCAAGGCGCCGGGCGAGAGCGGUGGCCGCGGCAUCCGCGUUUUGCGGCGGGAGGAGGUGCUGAGUGCAGACAUCUCUUCUGAUUAUGUGCUCCAAAGAGGGGUACAGGACUUGGAGCUGAUUGACGGCCGAAAGUUUGUGGUUCGGUUUUAUUUGCUAGUAUACGACCACCGCAUCUACUUGCACGAAAUGGGUGUCUUGAUAGUCCACGGUGCAAGGUAUGAUCCCACCAGCGUGGAGGACACGGUGCAGGUUCGGCAUGACUGGUACGACGACGCCUCCGACACUCGGCUGCUUCUGCUGCAGUCGGUGGAUGAGGGGCCGCGCUGGCGAGAGGCCAUCGCCGCCCAGCUGCGGGCGGCCGCGCCGGCGCUGGCGCCGCUGCUGGCAGCUUCCAGCACCUCGCGCUACGUGGUGGUGGGGGGGGACGCGCUCCUACGGAGCAACGGAGAGUCCAAGCUCAUUGAGCUGAACAUGUACCCCAACCUUUUCGCAGAUCGGGAGUUGGUGGAUGACCAGGUCUACAAGCCCCUUACCGAAGACAUCCUGUCCCUGAUUCUCUUCAAUCAGUUGAGCAACCGAUUUGAGGAAAUUAAACAUGAAGACUAG